CUGAGAUGGCGACAGGGCUCGGGGCGGGGUGGGGGGUGGUCUCCAGCAUCACGUGGCCAGCGGGGAGGGAGUGGCUGGGAGAAGUUGGGUUGGUCGUGGACGGGUCAGCCGCCCCCCAGCCUGCCCUUCCCUGAGAGACAGAGUGGCCCCGCCACUCUCUUAGGAGGCCGCAACACCAAGGUCAGCGUGGGCCUGUGCAAAGCUGUGGUCUCUGCACACUCUCCUGAGGGCCCGCCCCACUCCUGGGUCUUCUGACCCCCUCACCCCUCUACCUGGGCUUCCAGGGCAGCCCCCAGGUGGCUGCCCGAGCUCCUCUCUUGCCCCCACCCUCCCCAUGCUCCAGAACGAUUGCUUCUCAAGCUGCCCCGAAGUCCCCCACACCAAAGCAGUACCAGAUCCCUCCCCGCUCCCGCCCGCCCCUGUGGCUGACCUCUGCCUGGUUCUGCGGGGUCAUCACACACCUCCUCCCACCCUCCAGACUCCAGCCUCACUGUCCUUCUGCUUCUCUAUUGUACUGGGCUCACUGCCACCCCAGGGCCUUUGCACCUGUGCCCCCCGCUACUCGGGAGCACUUCUGCUCGUUCUGAGUGGACUGUGCCCCCUGCUACUCGGGAGCACUUCUGCUCGUUCCGAGUGGACUGUGCCCCCCGCUACUGUGGAGCACUUCUGCUCGUUCCGAGUGGACUGUGCCCCCCGCUACUCGGAAGCACUUCUCGUUCCGAGUGGACUGUGCUCCCCGCUACUCGGGAGCACUUCUGCUCGUUCUGAGUGGAAUGCCGUUCUUCUGGGAGGCCUCCUCCAGCUUCUAGGUGAAGCGUCCCCCCUCUUCCCCUGGCAGACGGACAAACACAGCUGUCAGAGGCCGAGGCCAUCUUUAAGGGAAGCGCCGCAUCCAGGUUGUGUGGUGUCACCUCGGAUUUAUGACCUGCGGGGAGAGAGCCUCGUCUGCUUUUCCCUGGGAACUGGGAAUAGCAGUACGCGUGGGUGGAAUCGCUGAGCACGUUUAGCAGGUGCGGAGAGAGGGCAGCUUCUUGAAAGUGACACCUGUCAACGUCAGCCAGAUGUAAAACUGGCUCCUUUCCUGCCUCCGUGGACCUCGGCCUGGAUGCUGGCCGUGCUGGGAGCAGGGACCGGUCAGGCGACUGCCUGCACGCUCACGACCUUCCUCUAGGAUGACUAAUGAGAGCAGUCCAGCCUGGGGGCCCGGAGGCGGCAGCUGGCCGGCCUAGGGGGCUCAGUCUGGCGGGGUGGGCAGAGAGGGG